CUAGCGAAUCGAAGCUCUCUGCUGACUGCGUCUCUCUCUCUCUGCCUCUCUUGCCGUCUCAGAACUCGACGAGAAGACUUACCUUGCAACCAUGGCGGAAGCUAUCGUUCAGGAACAACAUGAAGUGAAGCUCUUCAAUCGAUGGAGCUUUGAGGACGUUCAGGUGAGUGACAUUUCACUUGCGGAUUAUGUCGGAGUUGUACCGGCUAAACACGCCACUUAUGUUCCCCACACUGCUGGGAGAUACUCAGUGAAAAGGUUCAGGAAGGCCCAGUGCCCAAUUGUGGAGAGGCUUACCAACUCUCUCAUGAUGCACGGCCGCAACAACGGAAAGAAGAUUCUCGCUGUUCGCAUCAUCAAACACGCCAUGGAAAUCAUCCAUUUGCUAACUGACUUGAACCCAAUUCAAGUUAUAGUUGAUGCUGUGGUUAACAGUGGACCUAGGGAAGACGCCACUCGUAUUGGAUCUGCUGGUGUUGUCAGGCGUCAAGCCGUUGAUAUUUCCCCUCUCCGACGUGUGAACCAGGCUAUCUAUCUCCUCACCACCGGUGCUCGCGAGUCUGCCUUCAGAAAUGUCAAGACAAUUGCUGAAUGUUUGGCUGACGAGCUCAUUAACGCUGCAAAGGGUUCGUCCAACAGCUAUGCCAUCAAAAAGAAGGAUGAGAUUGAAAGAGUUGCCAAGGCUAAUCGUUGAUAUGGGAAAACAGGUUGGAGCAGUAAGAGGAAGGUUUUGUUUAUUGUGCUUUUUUAUUAAUUAGAAAGAGUUUGAAGAAUUAGUUGAAUGCUUGAACAUGAGUUUUGUGACUUUUUGUACUAGAGACAGACUGAACCCCCUUUUUUUUUUUAAUUUCUUACAUUGAAUAUUUGAUAUAUAUAUUCUUGGAGAAAAAAGGGCACAGUUCACUGAGUUGGGGUUGAGAAUAUGAUAUCAUUUUCAGCAUUAUCUUUA